AUGAUUAUGAUUAAAGAAUUGGUAUUUUUAUCGCUUUUCAUAACAACCAUCAAAUCGGACGCCAACUAUCAGUCCAUCGACUGCCAGUCCAACCGAUAUCUGGAGCCGUGUCGGUGUCAUAAUGAUCGCCAAAACGGCGACAAAAUCGAGACAAUCAACUGUACGUCCGUAUCGGUUGACCUCAAACUCCUGUCCCAACAACUUGGGGACCGGCUGUUCAAAGAGCCCUCAAAGGGAUACAAAAUUCAAAGACUAGAAAUACAGAAGACCGGGAUAACCAAAAUCCAGUCCAAAGUGUUUGAUAAGAUAGCAUUCAUUGAGAUCGCGAUCAUAGAUAACCAAAAACUCGAUUAUAUCGAUAAGAAUGCAUUCAAUGGCAGUACUGAUAGUCUGGAAGUGAUCAAUAUAAUAGACAACCGGCGCCUGUAUUCAGACCCACGUAUGGCCGAAGAUCUCUGGAAACUGAUCCAGAAGUUCGUGAAAUUGCGUGAAAUCCGAGUCACGGGAAGUGCCAUCACAUCCAUACCCAGUCACGCCUUCCGCUCACAUGACGGGCACCGGAAUCGCUUAAAACACGUCGACUUAAGCCAUAAUAAGAUCCACACGAUCGGCGACUAUGCCUUCGAGGACCUCAGCAGCCCUUCCCUCGAUCUGAUCCUAUCCCACAACCGGAUCUAUACUAUCGGUAAACAUGUCUUCCGAUUCACGCCAUCCAAAGCCGUCAUACGGAUGAUUGACUUGAGUCACAAUCAACUGACGGCCGACUCUUUCGAUGUCGACUCGUUCACCAAAAUGGGUCGAUCCCUGGCCACCCUCUCCCUGAAGGACAACCGCAUAGACACACUACACGAGCCCGUGUUUGGAGCCCUGUUUGACAGGUCGGACCGCAAUUACUUCAUACUAGAAGUGGUGGGCAAUCAGAUCCGAUGCGACUGUCCCCUCCAGUGGACGGUUAAGACGAAGUACUGUUACACCGAUAAGUCGGUGCCCGUCAGCCACCAGAUAGUGUCCCUCAAAUGUGGACAGAGGUGGGAACCGAUCACUCAAUACGACUUCUCCUACUGUCCUAAGAUGACGGACAGACUGUCCCCGAGCUGUCAAAGGGGUUACAAUUCAGCCGUUAAUACACAUCCCAUGAUUUGGUUCAUCACCAUUGUAUAUAUCAUUCACACGACACGCACAGCGCCAUCGCCAUCGCCUACCUGUCCACCGGCGCACAUCAUAUUCCCGUGUGAUUGCAACUCCACGAGCGGACAGUUCGACUGCGGGAAGACCAUCUCAUCAAACUUAGUCCUCAAACAGAUAUUUCAAGAAUCUAGUCGUCAAACCGCACACAAACAUACGCUUAUAUUUCAGAGGUUUUUGUUUCAAAACUCAAUUGUCGAUCAAAUAGAGAGCGAAUCUCUGGACUCGUUUGGAUUCCGCGAGAUAUCCAUUGAGCGCAACGAUUAUCUCGUGUCCAUCGAUGAGCAAGCCUUCAAAUCGACGUACAAUAUCACUGAUAGGGUGUACUUCUUGGGCAAUCCGUCCAUCGGCGUCGAGAAGUCGAAAGUUAUGAAGUUUUUUAACGUUUUGAGUCAAUUCAGAAACGCGAGUCUCAUUCACGCCAUCGAUUGCGGUCUGGAGUUCAUACCCGACAACGCCUUCCGUCCCCUUCUGGGAGUCCAGACGCGGCUCCAGAGGUUGUCUUUUGCCAACAACCGGAUCAUUAGUGUCGGCAACAACCCAUUCAUACAUCUGCCAAACAUUCGCUUCUUAAGCCUUCACGACAACCGUAUCGAUAGGCUGUCCAAUGGGUCCCUAAGACUCAAUGAUAGCUCAUACCAUGUAUUCAUAGAUCUGAGCAAAAAUCAGUUAAACUCCACGUCCUUCGACUCCCAGGCCUUGUCGGCCAUCAAACGUCCGUUUGAUCUGCAAUUGGCUGAUAAUAUGAUUGCAUUUCUGAACGAAACUACAUUCAAGUCGCUGUUCAAGAGGUCUAUAACCAUAAAGUUGUGGCGAAAUCCCGUCAAUUGCAGCGAUUGUCGCAUGAAAUGGACGUCUAAUGAGAAAAAGUGUGGGGAUAUGAACAAUACGAUCAGUUAUGCCCAGAGGAUUGACUUCCAGUGCAAACUAUUUAAGGAUAUGUUUAGGAAGUGCCGGAACGACACCUUUGCCGGCGAUGAGCAACUCAUAGACAACCCACUGGCC